UUUCAAUCGAAAGCAAAUAUUACACGUAAAUCAUACAAAAAAUUCAGUUUAUAUAAAUAAUAAUAAUAAUGAGAGCACAGAUGCAGCCAACCCAAAAUGGUCGAUUGGCCUUUUUAGCCGAAUGGUAUCAUACGGAGGCGGCAAUUACACGAUCCUUUCUGCUAACUUUUCAUUUAAGUGAUAAUGCCGUCGAAUUGUUUGAUCAGCGCAGCAAGAAGACUUUUUUGCGUCGAACCAAAAUGCCGGAACUUACGCGUCGCGACUUCUUUGUGGGCUCAAAGAUCAAUGUAUUUGGUCGUCAAUUCGAUAUUGUUGAUUAUGCUGAUGAUAUGACUCGCAACACAUUGGCCAAAUACCGGAAAAGAGGAUUUGUGCUGCUAAAGACUAAUAUGUGGCCAAAAUACUUGGGCGACUUUCUUUCAACGCUGAUAUAUAACAAGAUCAAUAUUAACAAUGGCACGAUGGUACAGUUCACGCCCAAAACAGUGACAGAAUUCCUCUCCAACAAGGAGGAUGAUGUACAAGCCUCGGUGCUAAUGAAUGAGCUGCUGGCAGGACCAGCUAUUAGCUUUGAACUUAUAGGCGAUAAUGUGUCAGAGAUCAUGAUAGCGUGCACUAAUUAUGGCACUGAGAAAGCUUCAACCACUAUCGGCUUAUCGCCUAGCAUGCAAAAGCUCUUUGAGCGCGAGGAGGUGCGCUAUGGCAUUUACUGUCCACAUAGUGAGGAGAAUGUGGCCAAGGAUCUCAAGUUCUUCUUUGAGGAGAAGCACAACAUAAUCAAAAAUUGCCUGUUUACGAAUAGCACGCUGGCCAUUGUAAAGCCGCAUAGCAUCAAGGAUGGACUGCUGGGACAAAUAUUAGUUGAAAUACUCUCAGCUGGCUUUAAGAUAACAGCUAUGCGCAUGUUGCUCAUGUCUCGCGUUAACUGCGAGGAGUUCUACGAGAUUUAUCGCGGCAUUGUGCCCGAAUUUAUACCAAUGGUGGCCCAAUUAGCUAGUGGCAUUUGCAUGUGCCUGGAGGUUUCCUGCGAGGAUACCGAGAAAAAUGCGCAUCAAGAGUUUCGUGAAUUUUGCGGACCCAUGGAUCCAGAAAUUGCUAAGCUGUUGCGUCCACACACACUGCGUUCCAAGUUUGGCUCUAGCAAAGUGCUAAAUGCUGUGCAUUGCACAGAUCUGGAAGACGAUACUAGAUUAGAGUUACAGUAUAUAUUUAAGAUACUCGAUUGAGUUUAAGUUUAUGUUGCGUUUAUGUGCGUGUGUGUGUCUUAAGCUGCAUAAAUUACAAGUAAACUCGCCACGCAUUAGUUAAGCAUA